GCUCAUUUGGAUGAACUUCGCAAUGUAAUUAGACAAAUUCAAAAUAACACUUGGCCAGGUUUUUAUAAACCAUAUAUUUCUCCUGCUCUUUUGAAAGCAACUCAAAUGAAAUCAGAACCAGAUCAGGAUGAACAAGAUGAUUUUUAA